GAUGGCGUCCCGAGGUCGGGCCGCGCAAGAUGGCGGCGCCCAGGCGCUGAGGGGAGAGGGCGGCGGGAGCAGCGCAGCGCCAUGAGCGCCGCCCGCCGCUGCAGCCCGCCCCGGGCGCUGGCAGGUUUAUUUAUUUGGCACUUGAAGAAAACAGGAAUACGGCAAGUACCAUGCCAGUUUGUGCAUCUGUGCAGAGUAGCCAAUGACAGAUUGAUCACGUUUCAGUACUUUAACUUUCUCAAACGAAUGUAUGUAACACAGUACAACAAAGACCUCAGCCAACGAGCAAAACCUAAGUCAGAUUCAGUUGCAUCUCCUUUUCGUGAGAGUCAACAAUUGGAUCAAGAAAAGAAAGUUAUACACAAGAUUAUACCAAUUUCACCUGUUCAUCAACCUUUGUCUAAGACAUCAAACAGAAAUGAGCUGGGAGAAAUGAAGUUAGCUGCAGAAAUUGGAGGCUCAGCCACACCGCUUAGAGCAGAAUCCAAAGAAGAAAGACAAUGGAAAGAAAUGAAGCUACGGCUGGAUGAUUUGCCGGGAAUUUUGGCACGUUUGUCCAAAAUUAAGCUUACAGCUCUGGUUGUGUGCACGGCGUCCGCUGGGUUUGCCAUGGCCCCGGUCCCUUUUGACCUGACUUGUUUCCUGCUCGCCUCGCUGGGAACGGGACUGGCUUCCUGCGCUGCCAACUCCAUCAAUCAGUUCUUUGAGGUUCCGUUUGACUCGAAUAUGAACAGGACAAAAAACAGACCACUGGUGCGAGGACAGAUCAGCCCCCUGCUCGCCGUGUGCUUCGCUGCCUCCUGCGGGGUGCCGGGGAUCGCCCUGCUGACGCUGGGAGUCAACCCUCUCACCGGCGCCCUGGGAGCCUUCAACAUCUUCCUGUACACAUGCUGCUACACACCCAUGAAGAGGAUGAGCAUUGCCAACACGUGGGUGGGAGCUGUCGUCGGUGCCAUUCCCCCCGUCAUGGGCUGGACUGCAGCUACUGGUAGUCUUGAUGCUGGUGCGUUACUGCUGGGAGGAAUCCUCUACUCCUGGCAGUUCCCACAUUUCAACGCCCUGAGCUGGGGGCUGCGGGAAGAUUACUCCCGAGGAGGUUACUGUAUGAUGUCCGUGACCCACCCGGGGCUGUGCAGGCGGGUGGCUCUGCGUCACUGCGUGGCCUUAAUUGGACUCUCCACGGUGGCUCCCGUUCUCGACAUCACCACGUGGACUUUCCCCAUCAUUUCACUCCCUAUUAACCUCUACAUCUCCUACCUCGGCUUUCGGUUCUACAGGGAUGCAGACCGCAGCAGCUCCAGGAAGCUCUUCUUCUGCAGUCUGUGGCAUUUGCCAAUGCUGCUGCUCGUCAUGUUCUCCUGCAAGAAGUCUUUGCUGGAGAAGGAAGAAAAAGGCGAUCUGCACGGUGGAAAUCACGGGAGGGCUAUGGAAAUCAGAUUGCCUUAAAUGUCAGUUAUUUGUCAUCCUCAUGACACAUCAGGUAGUGUAUUUUAGUAGUUACAAGGGGGAAACCUGUGGGAUUUGUUUGAAGAAGAAUCAUUUGUGCCUAGUGACCACUUCAUGUGAUAAUUUUCUAUUUUCUUCUUAAAGGGAAUAGACAGGAGAGCUUUGAGCAUUCACGGGCCGCAGGCCCAUUCAUUCACUCACCACAGAUUAAAAUUUCGCCUGUGUCAGAAGCACACACUUUCGGAUGGCCUUCCACGGCCUUUGUGAGUCUUGAUCUCUCAUCUCGUGGAUGGGUCUUCACUUAGCAAGUCACAAGCGCACACUCACUGACCGCCAGCACUGGCAGCCUUGGCGAAGAAGUCAGGAAGCGACAAAUGAAUGAUUUAUCACCCCUGCCCCAAGCAUCCUUUCCAAAUUAAGCUUUAAGGCUCAUGAUGGGCUGGGUGAGCUUGUACUGUCUCAGUCUAUGCCGUCCCUGCUCUGUUAUUACACAGAAACCUUCAGUUUCUGAGCCUUUUUCCUAUCAGUUACUUUUCCCAAGAUUUUCCAUGCACCCUAGGAUAUUUGUAGCUUUCACAUAGCUUUCACAAAGCUUUCACGAUGCUAAACGAGUUAAGAAAACUGUCUUUCAGCACACUACACAUCAGCAUUUAAACAACCUCCAGAUGAGCAGCUAUUCUGUAGCAUAUACUUGAACACACUCUUAGCCAUUUUUCUACUACAUCCAUCACGGUGAAUUUCCAGCUCCCAUGUGGUUUUACAUCAUUAAGGUUUGAGCCCUGUGUGCCAGAUCUUCGGCUGGUAAAAACUGCCAUUGCAAGCUUUGAAAGGUGUAUGAGGAGGGGAACAGAUCUCAGCGUCUGGUAGUUGUAAGGCGUUUCUGUGCUGAUGUGUCCUGUGCCAGCCCGUUCAGUCUCAGUGUCCUCGAAAGAGCUCUGGACUUGCAUCAAGAAUUUGAACUGUGUCUGGUAGCCCACCACGGUGGCUCAGAGAAAAGGUCUCGCUUGGGGUUUGUCAUCAGUACGGAAACACAUUUUAUAGGAAAAAAAAACGUUUAGGAUUUUUGUCUAAUAUUGUACUGUUCAAAUUGCUGAUGCAGCCAGUGUCUCUCAAAAGAACGGUUGGGGAUAGUCUUAUUAGGAAAAUGCAUUGUCUUUGUUAAAUGAUGCGAUGAAAUGCGUUCCUAGUCACAGCGUAACGUGGUUGUGAUGCCAGUCCGGGGCUGUGGCUUACCCUCAGCAUACCUGGGGCUGGCUGCGAGCGGCUGGGAUGCUUCCAAACACGCCGGCAUCCCGUGUAGACAGGCCGUGCUCCAGUUUAUUGUGGUAGUUAAUGCCUGUUAUGACUUGAUGCGUUUCCAUGCCAAGAUUUCUUUCCCAUGUGGGGAGGACUGGGCAGCACAGUUGUACCUCGACCCAGAGAUGCAGCAAUAUCUGAAACGGGAGACAGUUCCCUAAUCCGAACCCAAAGAAAGCCCUUCAAGAGACGUCACAAAUCUGCCACCAUGUGUGUAUCAAGCUGCCGUAAAAUCUUCCCUGGCGGCUUUAAUGCUCCAAGCCCAACUUCUGGUCUCAGUUACGCCGGUGUAAAUCAGGAGUGACACCGGUAACCUCUGUGCUGCUGGCGGAGGUGCUCCGCAGGAGCAGAGCCACCUGUUUUACAUGGCUCUUAACUAAUCGGUUGCAAGAUUUCCUGACUCUCUCAAGUGAUUGCAGAUGACAGGAUUGAGUUCCCUGUUUCUGGGCAUCUCCAUCAUUCUCAAGUUACUGGGGGGAACGCUUCGUGAAAGUAUCUGGAAACUGUACAACUGUACAACUUCUUAAUUUGUUUUAAAAGUGCAUUCAGUCUUCUCUGCAAUAAAGUGCAUACUGUA